GCAGUUUGGGUCCUUGCCAUCGCACGAGGCCACCAGAUGCGACUGUGGCCUGAAUCUGCUUCAGUUUCUUGUUUUUUAAUCUGAAUUUUAAACUUUUGUUGAGAUGGACAGCGAUAAAAACCAAACCCCAGAGGUGGAGGUGGGUGCGGAGAGUAAAAACGACUCUGAGUCGUUCACAAAGGUGAAGUCUAAAAAGGCCCAUAAGCGAAAACGUGAACAGGACGGGGUGGACAUGGACACGGAGGACAGCGUGGCGAACAAACGACCACAGUUUCCACCAAUAUCUGCAGACAAAUUACGGGGACCAGAUGAGAUGCGCAAAAUUCCCGUUCCAGGUCACAGAUACACCCCUCUCAAGGAAAACUGGCUAAAGAUUUUCACCCCCAUCGUAGAGAAUUUACAACUCCAAGUCAGAUUCAAUCUUAAAACCAGGAGUGUUGAAAUUAAAACAUGUAAAGAAACGCAGGACAUCAGCGCACUCACAAAAGCUGCAGACUUUGUCCGAGCGUUUAUUCUUGGAUUCCAGGUUGAAGAUGCAAUGGCUCUCAUCAGAUUAGAUGAGCUUUUCCUUGAAACCUUUGAUGUCACAGAUGUAAAACCUCUGAAGGGAGACCACUUAUCCAGGGCCAUUGGAAGAAUAGCAGGGAAAGGAGGAAAAACGAAAUUCACCAUUGAAAAUGUGACAAAAACCCGGAUUGUGCUUGCAGACACUAAAGUCCACAUUUUAGGUUCUUUCCAGAAUAUCAAGAUGGCCCGGACAGCAAUAUGUAACUUAAUUUUAGGAAGCCCACCUUCAAAGGUGUACGGUAACAUCAGAAUGGUGGCCAGCAGGACUGCAGAGAGAUUCUGAUUGGUUGCUGUGUGCAUUCAUCAUGUCUUCACACUAGAGACUUCCAUGUUGGCCUCGUGUUUUCAGAGGUCGUGUGGUUUUCUGACCAGCUCGAGUCAUUUGUGAGGAAUAAAAAAAUUAUUGGAAAGUUUGAAUUCUGAGAAUAAACACAGAAUGUAAAUAAAGGUCAUGAAAGCACAGUCA